AUGUCGCGCCUCUUCGGGGCCGAGCCCGCGGAGGAGGCGCCCAGCUUCUUCCUGGAGGCGCCGCGCACGGAGAAGGCGCUGGAGCGCGGCGCGGCGGGCGACCUGCGCUACGGCCUGGCCUCCAUGCAGGGCUGGCGGGCGCACAUGGAGGACGCGCACACGGCGUGCCCGCAGCUGCCCGACCGCCUGGCGCGCUGGGCCUUCUUCGCCGUGUUCGACGGGCACGCGGGCGGCACGGUGGCGCGCUUCUGCGCCGCGCACCUGCUGGAGCACGUGCUGGCGGCCGAGGCCCUGCCCGGCGCCGACGAGGAGGACGCGGCGCCCGGGGCGGUGGCGGCGGCGCUGCGCGAGGCCUUCCUGGCGCUCGACCGGCGCAUGCAGGCGCUGUCGCGGGCCGAGGGCUGGGAGCCCGCGGGCUCCACGGCCGUGGCCGUGCUGGUCUCGCCGCGCCGCCUCUACUUCGCCAACCUGGGCGACUCGCGUGCGCUCCUGUGCCGCGCCGCCGCCGCCGCCUUCUGCACGGAGGAGCACAAGCCGGGCCGGCCGCGCGAGCGCGAGCGCAUCGAGAACGCGGGCGGCACCGUGAGCCAGCAGCGUGUCAACGGCUCGCUGGCCGUGUCGCGCGCCCUGGGCGACUUCGACUACAAGGCCGUGGCCUGGCGCGGCCCCACCGAGCAGCCCGUGUCGCCGGAGCCGGAGGUCUCCGAGCUGCCGCGCCGCCCCGACGAGGACGAGUUCCUGCUGCUGGCCUGCGACGGCGUCUGGGACGCCUUCGACGCGGCGGGGCUGUGCGCCUUCGCGCGCUCCCGCCUGCUGCUCUCCGGCGACCCGCAGGAGGUGUGCGAGCGCGUGCUGGACGCCGGGCUGUACAAGGGAAGCCGCGACAACAUGACCUGCAUCCUGGUGUGCUUCCCGGCUGCCCCUGGUGUCUCCCAGGAGGCGCUGCAGACGGAGUGCGAGCUGGACGCUUACCUGGAGCGGAGAGUGGCAGAGCUGUACGAGGACCUGCUGCAGAAGGAAGAGGGUCCCAGCCUGGUGGGCGUGUUCCAAGGCCUGGCCGCAGAGCCAAAUCCCAGCCUCCCCCCGGGCGGAGGCCUGGCCAGCAAGAGAGCGGUGAUUAUGGAUGCCUACGAGCGGGUGAAGAAGAGGCGCACGGAGGAGCAGCUGCCGACCCAGGAGUGCCCCUUCUCCUCCUCCGCCACUUGGGACGGGCAGCUGGAGACCGAGAAAGGCUUCCCCUGCUGCCCCACUGCCAGCCCCCAAGAGGCGAAGUGGGACCCCUCGUCGCCCCCACCUCUUCCACUCGCCCAGGCCAGCAUCUCCCCCUGCCUUCUUCCCCCAGACCCUGAAGACAAACAGAAACCAAGGCCAAGCCUCUCUAGGCGCAAUUCUGAAAGAGAAGACCUAGUCAAAGUCCGAAAAGCUGUGUGCACGAGGGCGCGGGCCAUGGGCAAGGCUGAGGCGCAGGUGCUCGUCUCCCAGGUGCCCAGCGAGCGCCUGCCCCUGCUGGACAAGGGGGCCCCCGGCAGCCCGUACCUGAACCGAGAGGAGGUGGUGAGCCAGGCCGGCGUCGCCCCCUGGCCAGGCCUCCGCAGGGCCCUGCUCCUGCUCCUGGGGGCCCUCCUCGCCUGCCUGCUGGCCACGGCCAUCCUCCUCCUGGUCCAGAUGCCCAGGCCACGCCCCCCGCUGGCCUGGUGGCAGGCGGCCUCCUUCUCUCGGCUGCCCCCCACGUCCUUCCGGGACUCCGACGGGGACGGGCUCGGGGACCUCGCAGGCGUCAGGCAGCAGCUGGACCAGCUGCUGAGACUGUCCAUCCAGGCCCUGGUGCUGGGCCCCAUCCUGGAGGGGAACUCUGCCAACCUGAGCAGCAUUCUCCCUGCUCACGGCUCCCUGGAACAGCUGCAGGUGCUGGUGGACGACGGGCACCGGAGAGGGAUCCGGAUCCUGCUAGAACUCCCAGCCUGGGAAGAGAGGCUUCCUGCUGCUCCUGAUGGCAACCAAACAACCCCGCACCUCAAGGAGGCGAUGCAGUUCUGGCAGGAGCAAGGCAUAGACGGAUUCCUGGUGCCCAAGGACCCUGCCUGGCGCCUGGACGCGGUGCUGGAUUCCUGGAGCGAGCUGGGCAGCCAGGCGCACCUGGGUCUGGGCAAGGAGAGCGUCCUGAUGGUGUGGGACGAGAGCGGCGGCUGCGGCGUCCCUCGCCAGGUGCCCGGCAGCGUCGUCCUGGCCUGCCACCUCCUGGGAGCAGAGAGGAACCCGACCGCCCAGGCGCUCCGGCAGCGUGUGGCGCAGGCCUUGCAGCGCCCGAGGGCUCCGUGGCCAAGCUGGAUAGUGCCUGGGGGCCCCCCAUUGACCGCCGGUCUGGGGGAGAUGCUCGGAGUCCUCCUCUUCACGCUCCCGGGAGUCCCGCUGUUGCAAGGAGGAGAGGGGUCUCCCGUUCCCUUGGACAACGAGCGCACGGGAGGGAGCGCCAACGGGCACCCGCUGAGGAACCUGCACCACACGCUGCUGGCCCUGCGCGCAAACUCCUUCGCCUUGCACGGCGCGGACUCCACCGCUCUGCCCCUGCCCGGUCAGCCUGCGGACGUCUUUGCCUUCCUCCGCCCCGGUUCCUGCUCUGAUGUGCUGGUGCUCCUGAACCUGGGCGCCCAGCCCCGCCAGCUCAGCCUGGACCGGCGCAGCUUCCCAGCCUGGAACAAGGUGCUGUUCAGCACCCACCCUGUGCCCCAGGAGGAAGGCAGGCUGCAGGUCUUCAGGCUGGCACCACGCCAAGCCGUGCUCCUCCGAGUGCCUGGCCGGCACGGACCGUGACCGGCUGCCCCAGC